UGCUGUUGUCUCUACUUUUACUUCUUGCUCGUCGGGCUACUCAGCUGCUGCUUCGUUCUUGCAUUCUUUGCUACUGUCUCUCGUUCGCGUCGUUGCAACUUGCAGUGGGGAUCGCCCCUCCAAUCCACAGUUGACAGCUCCUAGCGUCGAUCUCUACCCCCCCCCACCAUCACUACCACCACCGCCAUCAACAAUGGAUGACUGGUCCCCCAGCUCCUGGGCUUCGAAGCCCAUCAAGCAGGAUGUUGUUUACGAGGAUGCUCAGGGUGUACAAGCUGCGUUGGGAAAGCUGCAGAAGCUACCGCCUUUGGUUACCACUCAGGAGGUGAAUAACCUGAAGAAGAGCUUGAAGAAUGUGGCGCUUGGGAAGGCGUUUGUUCUUCAGGGAGGUGACUGCGCGGAGCUGUUCGAUUACUGCAAUCAGGACAUGAUAGAAGCCAAGGUUAAACUCCUGCUGCAGAUGAGCUUGGUUUUGAUUUGGGGCGCAAACAAACCCGUCAUCCGGAUUGCUCGAAUUGCAGGACAAUUCGCAAAGCCCCGCUCGAGUCCAAUGGAAGUCAUUGAUGGCGUCGAGAUGCCCUCCUUCCGCGGCGACAACAUCAACGGCUUCGAUGCCACCCCCGAGUCGCGCAAACCAGACCCCUCCCGCCUCGUCUCUGCCUACUUCCACUCCGCCGCAACUCUCAACUACCUCCGCGCCUCCCUCUCCUCCGGUCUGGCCGACUUACACUCCCCUCUUGACUGGGGCCUCGGCCAUGUCAUCACCCCCUCCAUCCGGGAGCAAUACACCCGAAUCGUCAGCCGCGUCAAGGACGCCCUCCGCUUCAUGCAAACCGUCGGCAUCGACACCGACCGCGGUGUCGAGACAGUCGAGAUCUACACCAGUCACGAGGGUCUCCUCCUCGAAUACGAACAGAGCUUAACUCGUCUCCUCCGCAACCCCGACCUCCAACCCCAACCCUCAUCCGCCUCCACCUCCACCGCGCCCCCCAAAUCCUACUACGCCACCUCCUCCCACUUCCUCUGGAUCGGCGACCGCACCCGACAACUCAACGGCGCACACGUCGAAUUCUUCCGCGGCAUCGCCAACCCCAUCGGCAUCAAAAUCGGCCCCAGCAUGACCCCCGAGGAACUCAUUCAACUCCUCAACAUCGUCAACCCCACCCACGAAAUCGGCAAAGUCACCCUCAUCUCCCGCUACGGCGCCUCCAAAAUCGCCCAAUACCUCCCGGGCCACAUCGCCGCCGUGCAAUCCUCCGGCCACGUCCCCGUCUGGCAAUGCGACCCCAUGCACGGCAACACCCAGAGCACGCCCUCGGGCGUCAAGACCCGCCACUUCAGCGACAUUCUCUCCGAACUCAAACAAGCCCUCGAGAUCCAUCGCGCCGCGGGCUCCUUCCUCGGCGGCAUGCACCUCGAACUCACCGGCGAAGCCGUCACCGAGUGUGUCGGCGGUGCGGGCGGUCUCACCGAGGAGGGUCUGAGUGAGCGAUACACUACCUUCUGUGACCCGCGUCUCAACGAGAAACAGGCCCUCGAGCUGGCGUUUUUAGUCGCGGGCUUCUAUCGCGAGAUUGAUGAGCAGUUGAUGGAUUCGGAUUCAAACUGAUUCCCUGAUUUCUUCUGAAGAAUGAGUACUCCGUGCAUUGCAGACGGGCAUAAAAUGACAGUCUAGUCUAUGAUUACGGAGCGUAGUUCGGAAAUCAGGCAGGUACUAUUAACUACCUCUUUCGGGUUUCUAUUACCUCUACUUGAAAAGAAUGAUACUUCCUUACUUAUUACUUCCCUAGUUUUGAUACAGACAAUCAGAUCAUAUACCCAAGUCCCGUAAUCCCAAUCAAAACCUGACACGCUGGUCUUAUAAAGCGAU